GUUACGUCAUAGGUGUGCGCCGAGACGCUGCUUCCCGCAGAGCUCCGGGACAACACCAGGCGGUUUUGUGAGGCGAUUUGCGCACACGAAAUUGUGAAAUAUUGACCACGAUGGCAGUAUUUCCAAGCUUACUGACAGAGGAGGAGGAAACACUCCAGAAAAAAUACGCCAAGUUAAAGAAAAAGAAAAAGGCUCUCUUGGCACUGAAGAAGCAGAGCUCAAGCGGUCAAACAAGUCAAGCCGGACUGAAACGCACCCUGUCAGAUCAGCCUGUGGUGGACACGGCAACAGCAACUGAGCAGGCCAAAAUGCUCAUCAAAUCUGGUGCCAUAAGUGCCAUCAAAUCAGAGAACAAGAACUCUGGGUUCAAGCGUUCUAGGACACUCGAGGGUAAAUUAAAGGACCCAGACAAAGGUCCUGCUCCAGCAUUCCUGCCAUUUCAGAGAAGUGUCUCCACAGAUGAGGAGCUUUCAGAGUCAGCUAAAAGAGCCCAUAGAAAGACUCUGUAUGAAAGCUUUGUUAGCUCGGGAGACCGCGCUCGUGACGACGACGACAGCGGGGGAGUGCCGUCCAGUCGUGAAUUUGAGCGUGAGCGGGAGAGAGAGCUGGAAAGAGACAGGGAUCGUGACCGGGAACGUGAGCGGGACCGAGGGCGGGACAGGGAGCGGGAGCGGGAGCGGGAUAGAAGCCGUGACAGAGAACGCGAGCGAGAGCGAGAGCGCGAGCGUGAUGGACCAUUUAGACGCUCGGACUCGCACCCGGAGCGUCGGAAUGCUCGGAAGGGCAACACGGUUUACGUAUAUGGCACAGGACUAGUGGAGGACAGCCUGCGUACGGCUUUCUCUCAGCAUGGCAAUAUCAUUGACCUGUCCAUGGAUUCCCCGCGCAAGUGCGCCUUUGUCACUUUUGAGAAGAUGGAAUCAGCGGAUCAGGCUGUACAAGAGCUGAAUGGUAUCACGGUGGGCGACGUCACCAUUAAAGUGAGCAUUGCCAGGAAGCAGCCCAUGCUGGAUGCAGCUACGGGCAAGAGCCCAUGGGCCUCCCUGGCUGUUCAAAACAGUGCCAAAGGCUCCUACAGGGAUAAGCGGAAUCAAGUGAUCUACAGCGAGGAUUUCCUCUGACGGUUCUCAUGGCAUGCAGUCUGGAUGGAAGGGAAGUGUUUCUCAGCGCUAAUGAUGGACGUUGUUUUUGUGGUCGAGUACCAUAUUUUUAAAGUGAAAUGUUGUGAAACCUUUCCCCUAGGUCCCUAGUAGUGGUAUUUAACGGCUAGUUUUCCUCAGAUAUGUCAUAGUGAAAUGUGCUUUUUUGUAUGCUAUAUUCAAGAUCUGGGCCACCAAAAGGUGGCAGUGUCAGAACGUCUGUACCAUGCAUUAGCAGGAUUCUUCACAAAACUCUGAAUGCAGCUUAAAGUGGAUCCUGUUAGUAACUGGGCACUGAUUUUUGUUAUUGUUUUUGUUGUUUUGGCUAUGUAUUUGGAAUGCUACAACUUUGUGGUUUACCUGAUACAGAUGUAAAUAUUCUGAAAUUAAAGUAGAGAUUUAGCACUUUAA